AUGCUGAAAAAAUUACUUGAUGGAUGCAAUCAACGUGGAAUCAAUAGUCGUGGCGAAAGUGUGGUUUUAAAUGAUGGAGUGUUUGCGAAAUUAUUGCAGCAAGACGAAUUCCAGCAAUUGAUUUAUCCUGGCAUUCCAACGGAACAAUUAAUUCAUGCACCAAGAAAUUUGCAGACUUUAUUAGAAGAUCCGUGGUACGAACAAGAAUUAUUGGCACUUAUGCCCAAAGUACAAGCAAAAGCAGCAAGUGUUUUGACCAGUGUGAAAAAACAAGGUGCAGACCAAGGAGAUGUAAUGGAUUCAACUACGGAACGGAUGCUCAUGCCACAAAUACUGCAAGAAGCAUUUGGGAGAGAAGUAUUGGCUAUGGUACAUCGAGUGAAUUAUCAAAAACAUGUCAAAUUGGCAAACGAUGCGAGAUUACUUGCCGACCCAAACUCGGACUUUGCCACAUGGGACCAACUGGACGAUAAUUUUCUCAAUGAGUUGCUAAUUAACAAGAGUGACGUGAGUGGUGUGGCAGUUCUGGACGAGUUCAUGGGCGAGGAAUGGACGCAGUUGCUGCUCAAUGACGUGUUAAGAAUGACUAGAAACGGUUUGCUAUUGACUACAACAUCGAGUGAACGCAUGAUGAGUCAACAAAAUCACAAGGAGACUCUUUCAGGAGUCAACCUUCGCUUUAUUGAACAUCAAGACUGUACAGCAGAAUAUCCAGCGCUGGCCGAGUUGAUCGAGAAACUGCAUGCAUUACCGUACGAGAUCAACAUGAAGCGACCGGAUAAUGCCAAGCUAUGUGCUCAGUUUAUACACUGCACUGCCAUUCAACAACUACCAGCUGGACAUCAUCAGCCUCUUCGCUUGGAUUGUGGAGCUGGUGACAAGGACAAUGGAUGCAAAUUGACGUGUGUUUAUUUUAUCAAUGCAGUUGAUACAGAGCACAAGAAAACAAAUUUAAAGCUUCGAACAUCGCUACAUGAGAAUUCUGCUGUGCGGCAGAUCAAUCCAGAACCGGAUCGGUUGAUUAUUUUUCAAAGUCAAUUCGUCUUCAAUGAGAUUACAACUGUUCCUGACGAGGAAGACCUAUUCUACCUCACAUUUUGGAUCCACGGACAAAAUCUCGUCCAUGCUUGA